AUGGUGUCUGCUAAAUUGAUUGGCGCCCUCGCGCUCUUUUCACUGGGGGCUGUUGAAGCAAGCGUAUGCAAACCGCACCCUUCGUCGGUCGCCUCGUCGGGCACUGGAACCGCUUCUAGCGUCCAAUCUUCGGCCACCGAAUCCUCCUUCAUCGAAACAACUUCGACCGCUGAGCCUUCUUUGUCGUCUUCCGAUGUCUCGACCUCUUCAGACGAUGUGACAUCUACGCUUGGCUCAUCUACUACAUUCGCUACCCUCAUUUCAACUUCGGCGACUGUUGACGAUGUUUCUUCUACCACUCAAGUUGAUGUAAUUUCAACAUCCGGCGAGGUCAUCGAGUCUACAACGACUGCAGAGGCUACAACAACCACUGCGGAGCCAGAUACAACUACUGCAACCGUUGAGGCCACGACAUCCUCCGCUGCGACAACUACCGCCGCUCCUGCACCCGAACCAACCUUUCGACUCUUCACCUACGACAGCCAAGACCCAAGUCUCAACGGAGGCAUCGGCUACUGCAAGCUCGAGCCGGUCCUAAACUUCUACUAUAUGAGAUUCACUCCGAGCUCCGCACUCGCCCCAACCUUCAAGAUCGAUCCAGCAACAGGCGCAGUCACGGUUGUCAGCGGACCCUCUGAUUCCCCCGGCGAAUCCAUGAUCUCCACUACCUUAAAGGGUGCUUUUUCUUCCUCUUACCUACAGAUCAUUCCCGAGGCGCUUAUCGACACCGACGCACAAGAGGUGGUUGUCUGCAGCAUCGCCGAGGACCAGUUAAAUAAGUUGGUUUGCUACUGGCCAGGUGGUGGGAUUGCGGAUUUCUGGACAUGUAGUGGAAGUUGGGUAUUGGUGCAGCCAGGUUAUACUCUUUCUGGUGAUUUUUGUUCCGAUCCUGUAUAUAAGAUCAGUGUCCAUGCGCAAUUUGUUUAG